CAUUUUCUCUCACAGAUGAAUGUUUUUCUAAGUGAUUACGAUAUUUUGGAAGAGGACACAAACGAGAUUUGGCCAGUCGUUCACGAUGUUAUGAUUCAUGACAAGUAUACGGGAGAGGAAAUAGAAAAUCUUGGGAUUCAUGCUAACGACGUAGCCUUGCUGGAUUUUGGGCAGAAAGAAUCCGAACGACCAGUCUUAAAUAAAUAUUUGCGACCAAUUUGUGUCGCAACAGCUAAAGAUUCUCUUAAAGCUGCGAAGACGUACUUCAGAAUAUCGCAGUCAUUCUCGAGUCAUAUCAACACAUUCACCGCCGGGUGGGGUAAUGCACCAGAUAACAUACAUCAUACAAGUCUACUACAUUCAAAAAUGAUGCAGAAUCAGAGGCAUGUUGUGAAACAAAAGUAUUGCAAGAGGAGGUACGAGAAUAUUGACUUGCAUCGCUUUUUCUGCGUUGGAGAGGAUUUUGAAGAAAGUGACUCGUGCAUGGGUGACAUUGGAGGUCCAUUCAUGGUACAGAUGCACGACAAGAGGUUCUUCAGCCUAGGCCUAGCACUGAAAACACGGGAUUGCAAAGUGAAGAACAACUACAGUAUUUUCCUAAAUCUUCUACACCCCACAGUCAGUGAAUGGAUCAAUCGUGUAUUAGAUGGGUGUAACAAGUUCGGAAGCAAAGAUGAUUAAAAGUUUUACGAGCAACCUGAUUAAUAUCUGUAUAUCUGGGUUUUUUUUGUUGGUUUUUUGUAGAGUUUUGUUUGCUUACAAUGUAAUCUUGCCUUUAAGUCAUGCAUUAACGAACUGUCAGUAAAAUAAUUCUCUUCAGAAAUUAGUCAUUAAUUUUCUCUCUAAACAUUUGUCAUAAUUUUAAUGCACACAUUGUGGUAGAAUUGUUUUAAAGCAUAGUAUAUUGUAUCUGCAUUCUUUUAGAAUGCAUGUUUCAUCUUAUCAAGAUUUCGUUUAUCAAAGAUUCGUUACAUCAAAGAUUCGUUAUAUCAAAGAUUCGUUACGUCAAAGAUUCGUUAUAUCAAAGGUAUCAAUGUGUUAAUGCUUUAUUAAAUCAAUGCUUUAUAGUAUCAGUGCUUUAUUGUAUCACUCUUUCUUUGUACAAGUAUUUCGUUUCAUCAAUGUGUCGCUGUAUCAUUGUUUCGUUAAAUCAAUGUAUCGUUAUUUCAGUACUUAAUUAAUCUGUCUUCCAUUCUAACAAUAUCUAUGAUUUUGUACAAAUAUAACGUUGUAUAAGUGUUUUUAUUUUAUCAAUAUUUCUCUCUGUGCCAAUGUUUCUUUGUAUCAUAAGAAUAUUUUAUAUUAAUGUACUGUAUCAAUGUUACACUAUAUCAAUGUUUCAUUUUAUCAAUUUUUAGUGGUAUCAAUGUUUCGUUUUAUCCAUGUUUCGUUCUAUCAGUGUUUCGAUAUAUCAAUGUUUUGUUGUAUCAAUGUUUCGUUUUACCCAUGUUUCGUUGUAUCAGUGUAUCGUUAUAUCAAUGUAUCAUUGUAUCAGUGAUCCUUAGUAGUAAAGUUUUGCUGUAUCAAUGUUUCGUUUUGUCAAUGUUUUACUGCAUUAAUAUUUUGUUGCUUCAAUUCUUUUUACAAUAAAUAAGUAAGUAUCAAUACA